AUGUCUCUAUCCAUCGUUGCAGACGGCGCAAAGCCGAGCCCCUCGGGAAUCAAAGUCAUUGUCGUGGGUGCUGGAUUUGGAGGCCUCACUGCAGCCAUAGAAUGCGUUCGCCAAGGACAUUCAGUUAGCAUCUACGAGUCCUUUCCCGAACUGAAGUCCCUCGGUGAUAUAAUAUCGUUCGGGUCCAAUGCGGGCCGUAUAUUUAAUCGGGUAUGUGGACGCAAUCCAAUCGAUCCAGCCUGGAAUAAGCAGCCCCUGAGAAAGUAUCUCAAUGUGUUUCCAACAAUCCCCCAAUCCCGUGUAUAUGAACUAGCUCGUGUUUCCUCUUUUUCCCAUCUUUUACAUCCAGGGAUUCCCUCCAGGAGGUUCAAGUGUGACAAGCUAACAUCGCUUCCACCAAUUAAGUGGUCAGAUGGAAAGGUUGCAGCCGCAAUGCGUGCUGUAAGUAUCGACCUCCGCCAAUACGGCUUCAAAAUCCACAAGUACGAUACUGGGGAGGUCGUGGCACACCAAAAGAACCAUGACCAGGACCCACUGGCUCCCACGUUUAACGGCCACAGAGGCGAAUUGCAUGGAAUCGUGUUUAACCAUGCUAAAGAGCUAGGUAUUCCAAUCCACUUGGGGCGCAAGGCAGUUAGGUAUUUCGAGAAUGAAAAAGAGGCAGGAAUCGAGUUGGAUAAUGGGGAAAUUGUCACAGCCGAUAUGGUGGUAGGCUCAGAUGGUGUGCGCUCCAUAGCAAGAACACUUGUUCUAGGCUAUGAGGACAAGCCCAAAAGUAGCGGUUAUGCCGUGUACAGGGCAUGGUUCUCCAAUAAAGAUAUGAUCGCCGAUCCCCGCACCGCUGACUUCUGCAACAACGGUGACACCUUCAAUGGCUGGAUUGGACCAGAUGUCCACUUCCUGUUCAGCACUAUCAAGAAUGGCUCUGACUGCUGCUGGGUGCUCACCCACCGUGACGACCAUGACAUUGACGAGUCGUGGUCUUUCCCCGGAAAGCUCGAGGACGUGUACAAAGUGCUGGAAGGGUGGGAUCCGAUGUGCCGUGCUAUUGUCGAAAAGACACCGUCGGUUGUGGACUGGAAGUUAGUGUACCGGGACCCACUGCCCACCUGGGUAUCAAAACAAGGACGCAUUGCGCUGCUGGGUGAUGCAGCACAUCCAUUUUUGCCAACAAGUGCACAGGGGGCAACACAAGCAGUUGAAGACGGUGUUACAUUGGCGAUCACAUUGAAGAGGGCCGGUAAAGCGAACGUUCCAGCCGCCGUGAGGACAUAUCAAGAGAUUCGAUAUGAUCGCGUCAAGGCAGUACAGAAAACAGGAGAAACGACAAGAGAUAUGUGGCAUAAGACAGAUUGGGACAAGGUGAAGAAAGACCCAAAGAGUAUUCAAUUCCCGCGAGAAGAUUGGAUCUUAAAGCUUGAUGCUGAAAGGCAUGCAGAGGAGGUUUUUGAGGAGACUUUUCAGAAAUGCCUCACGAGCGGCAAACAGAAUGGAACAGUUGCGCCUGCGGCGCUUUGA